GGAGCAAAUUAUUCUCCUUCCUCAUCUCUUCCAGCCACUGAACUAACAAGGCCUUUGGAAUCAAGAAGGCCUUCUUCAAACAUGGCGGAGACCGGACUGUUUCAAAGAACUUCUAGUCCUGUACGAGAGCCACGGUUCGAGUAUGAUGUCUUCCUCAGCUACAGAGGAGAAGACACGCGCCAUGGUUUCACGAAGCACAUCUAUGAGGAGCUUGUCCGCAUGGGCGUCCGAACGUUCUUGGACAGUGUGGAACUGGAGGCGGGCGACAAUAUCGGAGAUCGCAUGUUCAACGCCAUCAAAGGGUCGAAGAUCUUCGUGGCCAUUUUCUCUGUGCAGUAUGCCCAUUCGAGAUGGUGCCUAAAGGAGCUAGCGGACAUCGUCAAGUGCAAUAGGCUGAUCAUUCCCGUCUUCGUCCACGUCAAUCCAGUGGAUGUGCAGAAACAGGAAGGAACCUUUGGCUCCCUGUUGCCUGGCUUUACGGAUCGUUUGGGAGCAGAGAGAGUCAAUGAGUGGAAGGAGGCUCUGAGGGUUGCAGGAAAUGCCCCUGGUUUCACGCUCGAUGAUGACAGGGAGGAGAAAGGACUGAUUGAGAAAGUUAUCAGAAGGAUCAUGGAAGAAUUGAAGAAUCCUCCCUUGGCGCUGCCAAAGCACCCCAUUGGGAUGGAACCCAAAGUGCAAGACGUGAUGAAGCUGUUGGAUGUGAAUGCCAAUGAUGUCAGGAUGGUAGCAAUCCAUGGAAAGCAGGGGAUUGGAAAGACGACUCUUGCAAAGGCCAUUUACAAUCAAAUAUUUCUCAAGUUUGAUGCUUUUUUCUUUUUUCCGGGUGUCGAAGAAGCUUCAAGAACAGAUGGUCUUGCGUCUCUCCAUAAGCAACUUACCUGCGGACUUCUGAAAGUGAAAGAAGAGCCAUUGAUGAGUGAUGUUGACGAAGGGAAGAAUGCGAUCAAAGAAAAAGUCAGUAAAGGAAGUGUUUUCAUCGUUCUGGACGAUGUCAGUGACAAGAACCAGCUCGAUGCACUGGUGGGUGACAAAAACUGGUUCCGUCCAGGUAGUAGGAUCAUUAUCACCACCAAGGAUGACUCUUUCCUGGAUGCCGAGAUGUACAAGAAAUACUCACCAAAAGAAUUGGAUGAUGAAGAAGCGCUUCAGUUGUUAUGCUACUAUGCUUUCGGGAAAGUGGCACCACCCGAGGAAUACUUUCGGCUUUCAAAGCAGGCUGUUGCCCUCUGCCAUGGACUUCCUAAAGCUCUGGAGAAGCUAGGAUCUUUGCUUUCAGACAGAACAAGUGAGGAGGAAUGGGAUGAUAUGUUGAACAAACUCGAGCGGUCACCUCCAGAUUCUAUUCUGCAUUUGGUAUAGAUAUGCUGGCAGCUAAUGAAAUAAUCCAAUAUGCAUUCUGUUGUGUUGGGGAUGGGAAAUUAAAGUCUUUCUGCAUCUUUUCUUGUAAAAUUUAUGUUCAUUUCUUCAUACCGUUGUGUUACGCCAAAGGAUUUCAUGUAUAAGAACUAUAAAUUGAGAUGGCCAAUUACUUGACCUGUGGUUUCCAUUUUGAUGCUUCAUGGUUGCA